UUUCCGAUUAGAGGAGGAAGGAGAGAGAGAGCGAGGGAGAGAGAGAGAGAGAGCGAGAGAGAGAGAGAGAGAGAUUGCCCUUUCAUUCCAGCCAAUGAGACGGUCGAUACACUAAGAUUUUCAUAGUUGUGCACGAGCUCAAAAGUGAUCGGGGUGUCGGAACUUCCAGGUAAAACUGCAAAAGCCGACUUCAAGCUCCUGAUUCUCAGGUCUUCUCCACUUUAAGCCUUCGAGGCCGCUUCUCUAGGCUUUGAUGCCCACACUCUUAAAAGCAGGUGGACAGACACAGGCAUGAGUAGCAGUGGGACCAAAGAGCCGUCUCCCCAGCCGAGCACUGCCCAGUCACCUCCUGAGCCUCCACGCCGGGGGAGGGGUCGGCCACGGAAACAGCAGCAGGAGCCUGUUGGACCCCCGACUCCAAAGCGACCAAGAGGACGACCGAAAGGCAGCAAGAACAAAGGCCCAAGAACUGCACCUAAGAAAGUAGAGCCCACUGGGGAGCGGCGACCACGCGGGCGACCGAGGAAAUGGCCUCAGAAAGUGGCGCAAGUAACCGAAGAGCAGCAGGGCUCUUCGGAGGAGGCUGAGGAGGGUCCCUCGUCAUCUCAGGUUCCAGCACAGGAGGAAGGGGAGUAGAUAGGGACACCUGCCUACCUACCUCAAGGUUUGGCCUCAAGCAAAACAGGUGGCACAAACCAAACUGUGGCUGUGAUGGGGAUUCAGGAACACACACACACACACACACACACACACACACACACUUGCAUACAGACACGUGCACAAUCAUUGCUUGUGGUUUAUUCUCAAAUGAAAUACUCAACCCUGGAUAUCUUUUCAAACAUCAGUGAUUAGGGAUUUUUAUUACGACGGAGUAAUAGGGCCACAUAGAGAAAAAAAAAUAAUUCACAG